AUGUUGCGCAUACUUCUACUGUACCUCUGUGCCCUCGCGGCCGCAGAGAACGGAUCGCAGGGCUGGCUACGUUAUGCGCCUGUUCCCUGCGAUAAAACCUGUCAGGAUGCACUACCAUCGAGCAUCGUGACUCUCAAUAGAAACGAGACAAGUCCCGUAUACGUCGCCGGGCAAGAGUUGCAGCAGGGUAUCCAGCGGAUAUUCAACAAAACCGUCCCGAUCAACUACGACAACUGCGCAGCUCCUUCGUCGAUCAUUGUUGGUACUCUCGGAGAUUACAACUGUAGUAACCAAGAUAUCCCUGAGCUGGGCGAAGAUGGCUUCGUGCUCAACACGACAGGCGACACGGUACAACUGCUGGGACAUAAUCAACGCGGUGCUCUCUACGCAGCGUUCGAGUAUCUGUCCAUGCUGGCGCAGGGCAACCUGUCACAGGUAGCUUAUGCGAGCGAUGCCCAUGCACCGAUACGAUGGGUAAACGAAUGGGAUAACAUGGACGGGAGCAUUGAACGAGGUUACGCGGGUCCAUCGAUAUUCUUCGCCAACGGCACGGUGGUAGACGACUCAACCCGCGCCAGGGAAUAUGCACGUCUGCUGGCUUCGAUCAAGAUCAAUGGGAUUGUCGUGAAUAACGUGAACGCCAACGCUACGCUACUGGAACCUCGGAAUAUCGACGGCCUGCGCAGAAUUGCAGACGUGUUCCGGCCGUAUGGCGUGCAGAUCGGCGUAUCGUUGAAUUUCGCCUCGCCUAAGGAUUUCGGUGGCCUUGAUACCUUCGACCCGUUGGACCCGUCUGUCGUGUUUUGGUGGGAGAACGUUACUGAUCAGAUUUAUCAGCGCGUCCCAGAUCUAGCAGGAUAUCUGGUCAAAGCUAGUUCGGAAGGCCAACCCGGUCCGUUGACGUAUAAUCGCACACUGGCAGAUGGGGCGAAUGUCUUUGCGCGCGCACUGCAGCCACAUGGUGGAAUACUCAUGUUCCGCGCGUUCGUGUACGAUAAUAAUCUCAACGAAUUAAAGUGGAAGGCAGAUCGGGCAAAUGCAGCGGUGGACUACUUUAAGCCGCUAGACGGGGAAUUUGAGGAGAAUGUCAUUGUGCAAAUCAAAUACGGUCCGAUCGACUUUCAGGUCCGCGAGCCGGCAUCACCUUUGUUCGCGAAUUUGAACCGGACGAAUGUGGCGAUUGAGUUGCAGGUUACGCAGGAGUAUUUGGGACAGCAGUGUCAUCUUGUUUAUCUGCCGCCGCUGUGGAAGACGGUUUUGGAUUUUGAUCUUCGGGUUGAUCGAAAAGCGUCGCCUGUGAGGGAUGCCAUUUCUGGGAAGAUGUUCAAUAGGCCUCUCGGGGGAUGGACGGCUGUUGUCAAUGUGGGCACAAAUUCAACCUGGCUCGGAAGUCACCUGGCCAUGUCAAACUUGUAUGCAUACGGUCGACUGGCCUGGGAUCCGAUGACCGAUUCGGAGGACAUUCUGGAAGACUGGGUUCGUCUUACGUUCGGUUCUGACAACCAGGUGCUGGAUACAAUAACGAAGAUGUCUAUGGCGUCCUGGGCAGCUUAUGAGAAUUAUACCGGCAAUCUUGGUGAGCAAACCUUGACGGAUAUCAUCUACACCCAUUACGGUCCCAAUCCAGCUUCCCAGGACAACAACGGUUGGGGACAGUGGACGCGCGCAGAUGCCCAGGGCAUUGGUAUGGAUCGCACGGUGGGCAACGGGACUGGAUAUGCCGGACAGUAUCCGGAAGAAGUGGCUCAGCUGUACGAAGAUAUUGACACCACACCGGACGAUCUGGUGCUCUGGUUCCACCAUGUCAACUACACGCACCGUCUCCAUUCCGGAAAAACGGUUAUACAACAUUUCUACGACGCACACUACAGCGGCGCAGAAACCGCCCACUCAUUCGUAGACAUGUGGGAGUUACUGUGCGACAAAAUCGACCAGGAGCGAUACGAUGACGUCCUGACCCGAUUGGUCUACCAGGCCGGCCAUUCAAUCGUCUGGCGAGAUGCCAUCGCCAACUUUUACUAUAACCUCUCUGGCAUCCCGGACGAGACACAGCGUGUCGGUAACCACCCGUGGCGCAUCGAAGCGGAGAGCAUGGCUUUGUCUGGGUAUAAGCCGUAUGCAGUGUAUCCGUCCGAAACCGCAUCCAACGCCACAGCCAUUAUCACAACGUCCAACUCAACAACCGGCACGGCUUCGACGACACUAUCCAUCCCGUCGGGCGCAUACAACGUCGCAAUCAACUAUUAUGAUUUGUACGGCGGUAGUUCACUCUGGACGGUAUACCGCAACGCCGACCAAAUCGGACAAUGGACAGGCGACACCAAGCUCGGGCACAUCCCCUCCAUCUACCUGGACGGACACUCAGCGACUCGUGUAACAUUUCGCGAUGUCGAGUUCCGGUCCGGGGAUGUACUCAGAAUCGUUGGAGAACCGGAUGGAACCGAGCCGGCGCCGUUGGAUUAUGUAGCUCUGCUUCCGGAGGAAGUUGUCGACUAA